AUGGCGGUCGAGGAUACGCUACUGGCUUUAUCCAGCCUGGUGGCCUUUGCCAUGCUCUGGGCUGCGGGCGCCAAUGAUGUAGCCAAUGCCCUUGGCACGAGUGUAGGCUCUAAGGCACUCACGUUUCAACGCGCGAUUGUGGUGGGUGCCAUUUUUGAGCUCCUGGGCGCCUCGCUCGUGGGCGGUGGCGUGGAGAGCACCAUCGAGUCAGACAUCAUCAGCGUCAAUGACUUUGGCUCCCCGCGUCGCUUUGCCAUUGGGAUGUUUGCCGCCAUCGCGGCCACCUUCCUCUGGGUCACAGUUGCCACCAUCGCUGCCUUGCCCGUGAGCACGACUCAUGCCAUCAUCGGCUCCGUCAUCGGCUUCGCCAUUGCCGAGGGCCGAGGGAGGUUUCUUCAGGGCCAGAACAUUGGUCUAACUGCUGCCAGCUGGAUCGUAUCGCCACUCCUUGGUGGCUUGAUUGCCUUUGGCAUCUACCUCAUGCUCAAGCAUCUCGUGCUUAAACCCACCUCACGCCUCCGCAGGGCCGAACUGAGCCUGCCGUACCUUUUUGCCCUCAAUCUGGCCACAGACGCCGUUUUUGUCGUGGCAGGCGGCCCUGACCUUUUACGCCCCCGCACAGACUCCCCAGAACAAGCUCUGGGCCAGAUAUAUGUGCCCAUUUUUGUUGGCACAUUUGUAGUAGCGGGUCUAGCUGGUCGCUUCUGGCUUCUCGGUUGGAUUCGCCGGCACCGCCACGAUAAUGACGAAGAGCUGCUCCUACCGCUCUCGGCACCCGAUGGUGGAAGGACGACCAUUGCAUCGAGGCAACAGCAGCAUACUGGCGAUGCAACCAACUCAUAUGGUCCCUGUGAGGCAUACUUUGCGCCCUUGACGGUGGCUAGUGCGUGUACGGUGGCAUUUGCGCACGGCGGCAACGACGUGGCCAACGCCUUGGGCCCGCUCAGUGUAGUUAUCAAUUUCUGGCGCAAUCAUCUCGACUCACAUUUGAGCCUUCCGUUCUGGGUCAACUUCCUUGGAGGUGUGGCUAUCGUAGCUGGUUUGACCACCUAUGGACAACGAGUCAUGGAGACGGUGGGCAGUGGGAUCACCCGUCUAAGUUUCUCAAAAGCCUUUGCAGCGCAGUUUGGCGCGAGCGUAAGCAUCCUAACCGCCACGGUGCUUGGACUUCCAAUCUCCACAACCGCGGUUUUGCGACGGCCUUGGGCGAGGUGCCAUUGA